GAAAAGAAAAGAAAAGAAAAGAAAAGAAAAGAAAAGAAAAGAAAAGAAGGAGGGUUGUGUCGCGGUGACUCCGCUCGUCGCUCUCGCUGCCCCGAGGCCGCGCUGAGGGAGCCGCGGGCCUGAGGGAGCGGCGCUGCCCGGGCUCGGCUCAGGGCGCCGCUCGGGCCGGCUCUGCCCCGCGUGUUUCCCUCCCUCGGGCGGAUCCCGGCUCGCCCCAGUGCUCGCUGCCGCCCUGCCGGGGCCGGGCUCAGCCCUGCCCGGGCACAAGCGCCCUCCCUCCGCAGGUGCGCGGGGCCGGAGCCCGCGGCGCUCCCCAGGACGGCCGGCACUGCCGAGGUGGGAAGGCGGUGAGGGCGGCCCGCGGGGUCGGUGCCGGGCAUGAGGGAAGCGCUGUGCUCUGCGGGGGCCGCGGGCGGACCGGCGGGUCCCCGGGAGCGGGUGACGAGGCGUGCAAGGGCCGCCCUGUCCGGCCGGAGCCGCCCGAGGCGGGGGAUGCCGGCGGAGCGGGGCUGCAGGGAUCCCGGAGAGCCCUCUCCAAACCCCGAACACAAAACCGCCCCCUGAGCCAGGACCCGGCACGGCCAAGCGGCAGGCCCUGAAUUUGGACUGGUCAGUGCCACGCCAGCGCCAGGAAGCCGUGCCUGGAUUUCCCUGGGAUGGCAGGAGGAGGCACAGACUCCAUCAAAUUUUCUGCUUGAGCUCUGCUUUAUGUCCAUGAGAAUGUGUAGAAGCUGAACGCCUCUGUGACUGCCUUCACACAGAGUCUGUAUGGACCAUUAUUUCUGUACGCAGCACCUGCUAGUCUGCCUCGGGGCUGAUGGCUGUGUUCAGGCCCCAGGAAUAAACUCUGAAGGAGUGCCUGACUUGGAAAGUAUUUAGUGGUCAGUGGAAAAAAAUGAGGAAGAGGAGGGUGUGGCUGCUGCUGGAAGGCUCUGGCCCUGCAAAGGGUCCCUGGCUUGUAGAGAUGUGGUCCUGCAUUGGCACAAAACGAAGACUUCUUACAGGAAAUGUAUGUUGAUCUUCUGAAGCUGAAUCCUCAGGCAUUUGUGGCCCGUCCUUGCAGCCUGCCGCCCAUUGUUGCCGGCGGGGCCGGUGCGGGCGCGGGGCGAGGCCGCCUCCCGGGCCUGCCCGGCCGCCUCUCGCGGAGCCUGCCGCCCGCCUUGCCGGCGCUGCGGGAGCACCCAGCGCCGCAUCCACCGGCCGCCGUCCCGCCCUGCCCGGGUCCUGCUCCGGCCCUUGGAGGGGCAUGGCUCACUGCUGCUGCCCGAGGUCUGAGCCCGUGGAUUCAGCGUGGAGAGCCCUCAUCUCCAGCAGCCAGCUGCAGCAGACCACUGGGAAAAGGGAGUAGUGACGGCGAGAUUCACCAGUGCCCCUUCCACAGCUGCAUAUCAGCCUGGAUGUAGUCACCCUGUCAGGAGUGUAAAAUUUACAGCAGAAAUUAUUUUAAUGCUGGAAGAGCUCUUACUCAUCUGAACCAUCAUUCAAAAUGCCCAGUGAAAGUCACCAAGCAGAAGUUUUCCAUCCCACUGUCUGCAGGACUCCUGCAGGUCUUCUGAUGCUUAAGCAUAUCUGUCUCAGGCUGCCCCUAAAAAGAAAAAGAAGUAAUCUGGCAAAAUGAACUCAGAACACACGAAGAGGAACCACUGGAGACUAAUCUGCAAGGUACUCAGGUGUUGCUGUUGAGCAGAAAUUGGAAGGAAACUGUGAGGGGAGAAAAUGGGAGAAAAUUGAGAAAAUGGUCUUGCCCAUCAUGCAGGAAACCAUAAACCUCACCACUGUGGGACAGGAGUGACCAGCAGUGACCAGCUUCGUUGCCUUAGGAGCAUCCCCAUUAGCUGUAUUUUUCAGAUAAGUUUCACUGAUAAUAUGCAAAUCAGAAUCUGUUAACCAUUGGCUGUUCCAGAUGUGAUGUCAAAGCCAGCAAGGGAGACUUGAUGUAGCAAGACUCAAAACCAGAAGUAUUUUGAAACAGAAAGAAUGACUUACUGGGGAGCCAAGCUAAAAACUAAAGAAGUGAAGAUUGGUCAUCUUUGCAGAGGAAAUUACAAGGUCUUUCUCAGAAGAAACAGCGGCAGAAUGUGGAAUCAGUUGUGUGGAAUUCCUGUUGGCAACACCUUUGACCCUCGACUUCUGCUAGAUCCUGCUGAGUGAUCAAAGAGAGAACUUUUGCAGAUCCCCACAGCAGUGAUGCUGAAAGCCAGGGCAGAUGGCUUCUAUCUCCCUGCAGUGUGACCAAGUGACCUCAGGGUGAGACUUGCUGAGUGAAACAACUCUCCUUGAUCUGUGUGGGGCUGAUGGAUGCAGCAUUUAUUGUGCUCUUUAAUUAACUAGCAAAAGGUUAGUUCACUGAUUAAGGUAGGGUGUUCGUUUUAAAAGUUUAUAUAUGAAAGCAGUGUUUAUAUUAGAAUACAGGCUGAUAUCUCAGUUAUUCCCACUUCUUUAUAUGUGCCCUGAAUAGGAAAUGCUGUUGUCUAUCAAACCAGGUGGCAGGGAAUAAAAACCCCCUCAAACACAGCAUAAGUUUGAGGCUACGGAAUCUGAUGCUGUAGGGGCAGUUCUGCUAAUCCCCCUAACCAAGGUCUGUGUGGUACAGUGGGGUGUGUUUAUUUGGUCAUCAAUUCAGAGCUGGGUUACUGCUCUGUUAGGAGUAUUGCUGAGUAGGCUUCAGUUUCUCUGUCUUGACAAAUUCAUUGCUCAGUCUUUGGGGUUUACCUAUGCAGAACUUGGGAAAUUCACUUAGAGAACCUCAGCUCUUCCCCAUUAGGAUAAUGGAGAAGUAUCUGGAAGCAAAUUAAACAAUCCCUCUAAGUCAGCAUCCAUUCUAAGUCACAGUGAUGCCUUUCCCAAAGUGACAAGCUGGUUUGAUAAGGUACAGUCAUGUAGGAGCUGGAAGUACACAAGUGCAGUUAUUAAAAAUGAAUGCUGUAUCCUGUUUCCCUUGUGUAUCUUGUCACUGACAUGACUUCACAAGUUGCAAAUCUAUUAAACAUUUCAAACAUGGAACUAGAGCUCAUUAAGCAGAACGUUGACUGGUAUAUAGCAAAAUGUUUCAAAUUCAAGACUGCUAACAUUUGUCUGCAGAGUUUUUUGUCUUCUAGGCUGACACUAAGCAAUCCAGCUGUCUGGGCAUGCAGCCUGUGCUUCCUGUGAUCAGAAUGUGACUGUCCUUUGGGGUGAGGUAGUAGGUUGUAUAGUUUUAGGGCUAUGCCCUGCCUGUCAGAUAACUAUACAAUCUACUGUCUUUCCUGAAGUGGCUGUGAUGUCAGCGCUGGAUGUCUCCAAAAGACAACACAGAUGUUUUUCAACUGUACCAUUCUCUGGCUCUGUCUGCAUGUUUGGUUCUUGUACACAAAUGUCCUCAGAGUGUUUAGAUUUCUGUAUUUCUCAUUCAGGCUCAAAAGUAAUUUCCUUCUGGCAUUUUUGGGGAGCAGGUGGGGUGUGAGUGCCAGGACACAGAGGUACAGCCCAGUCCACAGUGGAUGUGCUCAGGCACAGCUGUCUGGCACUGCCAUGGGAGUGGCAUCUUGCAAACAGCUGAUCCAACUCUCCCUUGUUUUCUGGCAUCUGUGUUCAUAUUAAACAUAAAAUGGUACUUUUUAUUCAGCAGCUGUUUAAAUCCACUUGGUGGAGGCUGUUUGAGAAACUCCAAAGGGAUGAGCUGGACAAAACCCUGGGAGGAUGUCUUCCCACUCAGUCGUGUUCUGCCCUGGAAAUGGUAAAUUCUUGAACCCUAAGGAAGAGGUCUCUUCAGUCAGUUUGGGGCACUGAUUCAACUUGCUUUUUUAUUACAUAUUGCUAGUUUGGGAGGGACAGUGUUUGCCACUGCAGUUCUCCUGUCUCUGCAGUCCCUGCACCAGUUCUCACUCCCAGGCAGAGUUGUGGGGAAGGGCUGAGGUCCCACAUGGCCUUUCUAAGGCUAAGAAAUGUGUGGGCUGGAGAGUGAUGAGGUAAUUUACUUACAAAUGGUGAAAUGUUUCCUCCAGAAGAUGCCCGUGAUGCUCUAACAGGAUGAGGUAGUAGGUUGUGUGGUUUCAGGGUAGUGAUUUUGCCCCAAUCAGGAGAUAACUAUACAACCUACUGCCUUCCCUGAUAGGCAGCAUAACAACCUCAGUGUCUCAAUUCACAGAGAAACAAGAGCUAAAAUACACUCCUGAGAUACACUUCUGAGACCUGCAAAGUAAGUCUAGAUACAAUUGUUGCUAUCCUGUCCCUAAUAGCUCUAAAUUUAGAUUUUAAGUGUAGAUUUUUGAUAACUGCCUGCAAAAUAAUUACCUUUUUUUAAGUCUUUAUCAUGAAAAAAUUAAUUAAAGAAGUUUUAUUUAUUUCAAAGUUUGCCUGCUCUUGAUCUGUUUCAUUUUUGGUUCAUUUGAGUGGGAUGAAGUUACUGGGGGAAAUUAUUCCCCCACUAUAAAAAUGCUGCAAACUUGCAUUGAGGAAGUUUGUAUUUCCUUGACAUCUAAGUUUGAGUGCAACAAAUUUUACUCGCAGUACCCUGGUUUAGUUCAACCUUACCUCUCCCUCAGGAAUCUUGCAGUGUUUUACAAAGAGUUCUGGGUUAAAUCACACAACAUUCUUCAGCAGGUAAGGUUUACAUGGCAAGGGAAAAGCUGUAACAAUGAAAAUCAAGAGUGAGAAUUAAAAAACCAAAACCAGACAUCUGUUUAGUCCCUCAGUUUCUCUCAUAACAGGCUCAUUUAAUGUUUAGUGCCCCAAAAGAAUUCUCUGCUGUCUAAAAAGUUCAAAUUGCAUCUGAAAAACUGUGGACAAAAAAUGUUUGGUCAUUAAAGAUAUUUUCAGAAUAUGAACUCUAGAGUCUUACAAGAAAGAUCGGUGGAAGAAAGGGACUGUAACAACAAGGUGCUGAGUUUGGUUGUAGACAUAGCAAUCAUUCUCCCACAUGCAAAGUACACCCAAAAACAGGAGUCCUGUAAACCUUAAAGUUACCUUGAGACCAGAGGUAUCAGUCUGGUUUUGUAUAACCAUUAGUAUGUACUUUGAUUGUGCAGCAGCCUGUUCCUGUAGACUGGAGUCAGAACUGAAGGUAGGUGUAAUCCUGUGUUUCUGUCUGCUGUGCUACACAAAGGCCAGCCUGCCUUCCUGAGAAGCUUUUCCCUCCUCUCUGUAGCUGGGAGAGCUGUGACAUGCACACUGAAAGCAAAUGGAAUAACUCAUGGUACAGUCAGAAGCUAAAGUGGGUAUUUUAUUGCCUCUCUGGUCCAAAAAUACCACACGUUAUCUGGAGUCAGGUGGUAUUUGAGGUCAUUCAACACCUCAAAACAGGGCCUUUUGUUCACACCUUUACCAAAGCUUUGGAAGGCUUCUUGACUUGGGUUCAUAGAGGCAGAUAAAGGCUGUUGGUACAGGAGGAAAAGUUGGUACAUGUCUGAAACAUCCACAGGAGAACAGGCAAUACUGUUGCUGGUUUUAAUCUCCAUUUGUCUGGCUGUGCAUCUUUUAAUGCAGCACUGCAGGUCCUGAGCUCUUUCUUGCAGUGUGAACGUGAGACAAGCUGGGGCAGUGAUUGCUUUGUGUGAAGCCUGAAGCAUCCUGCUGCUCUCCAGGAUGCAGGACAGGCUGGAUAGCACAGUCUUGCAUGCUGUAAAUACAGAGGGAAUGUUCUCUCUGGGACAGUGGGGUUAACAGAGGAAAAAACGCUGUCCACGUUCUACAGCAGCCUGCUCAACUCUGAAGUAGUUUUCAAAUCUUCUGGCUCUGCCUGGGUCAGCAUUUUGCUCUUGGUAAUGAACUGUGAGUUUUCAGAUUCAAGUCAUUCUGGCAGUGCCAUUAAAAUAAAGGGCCAAAAAUAUCCAUAGUGUUCUCCUCUCCAGGAUCAACUGUAAAUGCAAAACCAUGUGCCUGUACUUGGCAGCUUGUGAGCCUGCAGAUAAUCAGGGCUGUCCUUAGCAGUGGCUGGCAUUACAGCUAAUGACACUCCACCAGAAACGUGAAAGCACAACUCAGGGGCCCUGAGUAUUUCCUAGAACUGCAGACUGAAAAUGUUUGUAUCCAAAUGUAAGCAGCAGCUUGGCCUGCUGGAAUCACAAGGGAAGAACAACUGUUUAUUUUUAAAACUCCAGUCAGCAUUACCACUUCUUGAGGUGUCUGUGCUGUUCGUUGCACACAUCAGGUGUGAGGAAAGAGCUCACAAUAUCACAUGAGAAAUGUGUUUCAUGGCAUGCACUUCUAUAUUGUGUGUGUCCACUUAAACAUCUCUCUUUGAUUAAUUGUGCCAGCAAGUAUUCACUGACAAACAGAAGCUUAACACAUCUUACUGGAACAAAGUUUGCACAUUUGCUUAUAACAGGCCAGGUAAAAGUUGGUGGGUAUAGGUUUUCUCUGAGGCCAGGAUUUCAGUUAUUAGCUUCCCUCCUGUGCCCUGGAGAAAGUGCAUGGUGUUUUGAGAGAAGGCACAGAGAAGACAUUAAGCAGCUCUGUGACACUGAAGUCACCACUGAACUUUGGAUCUCCACUGUGUGGGUGUGUGAAGUGUUCUGCCUCUUCUACCUUUUCAAGGUACCUUAUGGCUUUGUUGGACCAGUUACCCAGUGUAAAAAUUUUUACUACAUUUGGCAAAACACUAAAGCAAAGGUAGACAUUUGCAGAUGAGCCCAAUAACUACCCUAAUGACAAGUGCUGCCAGCCCCACCUGUGCACAUGCAGCCUUGCCCCCAGGUGUGAGUGCCCUGGAGUGCAGCUGCUGGGGCUUUGCCUCCAUGGCUGCAGCAGAGGCAGAACCACAGAACACAGGAGUGGUUCCUGGCCACUCUGCUGACAGGGUGAAUUGCAAAUGAGUAUUUUUACUGGGGGAGGAUCCAAAAGCCCAGUAAGACUGUGGCUGGUGUCCAAGUCCCUGCUGGUACAGGUGACAUGGCACACCCAUCUUGCUGAACAGGAGGGGCAGUUGUGGUUGCAGGGGGAGAGCUGGUGCUCGUUGGGAAAUUCAGAAAGCCCAGCCUUGGGCUCAGAAGGGGUUCCCACACAGAGCCUGGACCCAGCACUGGGCUCUUACUGGGAGGUAAACAGCAGAUUCACAGAAUUGGGGCAUGUCCUGAGUUGGGAGGGACCCACAAGGAUCAUCCAGUCCAAGCCCUGGCCCUGCACAGACACCCCGCCAGUCCCACCCUGUGCAUCCCUGAGAGCGUUGUCCAAACGCUCCCGGAGCUCUGGCAGCCUUGGGGCCGUGACCAUUCCCUGGGGAGCCUGGGCAGUGCCCACAGCCUCUGGGGGAAGAACCUUUCCCUGAUAUCCAGUGUGACCCUGCCCUGACCCAGCUGCAGCCAUUCCCAGGUCCUGUCCCUGGUCCCAGAGAGCAGAGAUCGGAGUUGCCCUUGGGAGGAAGCUGCAGACUGCCAUGAGGUCCCCCCUAAUCCCCUUUUCUCCAGCUGAACAGACCAAGUGCCCUCAGCCACUCCUCAUAUGCCCUUCCAGAUCCCUCACCAUCCUUGUGCCCCUCCUUUGGACACUCUCUAAGAGCUUUAGGUCUUUCUUAUUGUGGUGGCCAAAACUGCCCAGUCGUAAGAGCUUGACACUAAUCAUAAUUGAGAGGAACAUUAACAAAACAUUUUAAAGCUAUAUUGGCAUUGCUCUGAUCCAUGUGACUCAUGGAUGGUUUUCCAUGAAGGCAUUCAGGUAUUAACUUCCAUUACAAACACUGGGAGAUGGAGCCUGGGAAGAUGUCUGUGAGGAUCUGGGAUUGAGUGAAGUUCAUGCUCAGAUUUCACCAAAAAAAUCAGCACCAGCGCUGCUUAACAAAGCAAGACAAAGGUAUCGAAAAUAUCCACUGGUUUUCAAAUAAAUUUGUGUUCCUAAGUCACAUAGACACUUUAAAUUGUUCUACAGUUAAAAAUAAUGAGCACCAGUCACGCUAAGCACUUGAUGGUAUAAAAACUUGUUUGGUUGUGGGAUAGUGUUCAUGCCUAGUCUCCAACACAAAUCAAAACCCAGCAAGGAACCAGGUUAAGAGACAGUUGCAAAUGAUGUGUCUCAUGUUCAUGUUCCAGAGGUUCUUGCUCCGGGUUUUCCCUGUCCAGCUUGCUUAUACAAAUAUAAACAAUAAUAUUUCCAUCCUCAAGGAGCCAAAGUGAAAUUUUAUAAGGCAACCAAAGUGUGCUAAGAAGGUUUCUCAUUCAGCUGAAAGUGAGCAGCAGUUUGCACAUUAAUAUCUGGUGUUAAUUAACAUUUGGAAGAGAGUGAGAAACAUUUGAUGCACUUUGAAUAACACAAAUAAAAGUACCACUCUUAGAUGGUUCUUAAUGCAAACAUCUAAACUGAUAAUAAAAUUGUUCCUGAUAUGAUAAAUUGGCAUUUCCCUUUUCUGAAAAAAAUGCAGUUUAACCCUUUCUUUGCACAGUAAGACAGGUCCUUUGAACACCUUGCUUUUGGUGACAAAUUGUAAAAUUAUGAAAACACAUUUCACAGCACUCGGGGACCUGGGAGGUUUCAGUCCAGUCUCGGACUUCGCAGUCCUUCCUGAGCAGAUUAUUCCCCUGUGGAAGGAUACACUCUUCUCUCUGGCUUCAGCCUGGAUUUGGUACUGUGUUUCUCACAUCUGGUAAAAAACUCUCCUGCAAACUUGACAAAUGGUAGUGUAGCAGUGACUAUUUGAAAAUCAGAUGGGGAAUCCCACAGGUCCUAUUUUUAUUUAGGCUUGGCUUGCUGGCUCAUUCCAGUGACCUCCGCUGAGGUUUGGCAUAGGAUACUCAUGGUUGCAACACACAUUUUUCCUCCUUUUUAGUCAACUUUUUCCAGCAAAGUUGCAAUAUGGCCACAACUUUGGUCAUAUUUUCUUUUUCUCCCCUCUUUUUUGCUUUUUACCAUGGGUAGAAUAAAAUUCUUGAUGGUCCAGGAUUCAAUGAUUUACCUUUUAUUCCUGCAUCUUAGCAAAACUUUGAGUUUGGAAGUUCAAAUGGACAAAUAUGUUCUCAUUUCAUUCCCCUUUGCAAUUCAUAUUUUCCAAAAUUUAAUAAGUUUUAACCAUAGCACAAAGAAACUUUAUAAAAAUAUUACAUCCAUCAUAUUACACUAGCUGGCAGAAAAAAACAAAAAUUUAUUCACAAUUUUUUUAAAACUUGAGCAAAAUUAUUAUUAGGAAAGUUGCCCUCGGAAAGCCUCCACACUUCAAAGUUUUUUCCCACUAGAGCAAAGAAAAAGAGAUUUUACUGUCUAGAAUAUGGUAGCAUAUCCCUAGCGCCAGCUCUUCCCAAAUUUCCAGUGGAGGAGCUACAUCUCCAUUGGUUUGGGUGAGGGGGUGUGUGGUAUUUUCUGCAUCCCCCAUCAAAGGGAGGAAUGAAUGAAUCUGCCUCUAUGUUCUUAGAAGGGUAAUUUAUUAUUUUAUUAUCUAUAUUGUAUAAAAGAAUGUUAAACUAUGCUAAAGAGUUAUAAUAAAUUUUUCUCUAUAGUUAAGAAUAGAGAAAGGAUACAGACAGAAGGCUAGAAGAUAAUAAUGAAGAACUCCUGACUCUCUCCUCCAGAGCCCAACACAGCCUGACCUUCCUUGGAGCCUGGGCUUUGCCAGAGAAGCUCUCAGCUGUGGGUGUUCUCCUGAGAUUCCUGGUCUCCUCCAAAGGGGCACCCACGAAAGACAACAUAAAGCCACAUGGGACAGGCAACCCAGAAAAGCUGGUUUAGUGCAAGGAGGGAGAUCUGACAGCCUGUGCAGGAAGAAGGAGCCUCUCAAAUUGAGGUUCUCCCUGAGAGCUGGCUGCUGCUGUCGCACAAGCCCCUCUGGGAGGAGCUGCCCCUUUUUCUGCUGCAGAGCACUCUGCUCUCCGUGAGGAAGGAAAAAUAACAGCGGUGGGUUCCAGUAUGCGCGGCAUGAAGGAUGUGGCUGCCAAGAACAAAGGCUUGAUCCUCGUGUUCCACAAAAAGAACAGCUCAGUAUACUUAGCACAUUGCUCCAAGUGAUUAAUCCAGGGAAUAGAGGUUCAGCAUCAAAUCGUUUCCACAAGGUCAUGAGGUUUUCAGAAGCAAAUGGAGCAUUUCAGGCUGGGUUUCACUAGAGAGAGAUGGGUCUUGCUACACAACGAUCUGUCAUGUGCAAUUUUGUUUACUUGGGACUAUUUGCUAACCUCCAGCUUCCAUGAGUCACGGUAUUUUUACUACCAUGCUGUCCAUUCCAUAGGCUUUAACACACUCCUCCACUUAAUUAUUAACAAAGUCCAAAGGUAUCCACCCCUCUCCCACACAGAUCUUCCAGCUAAACACAGCUUUGAAACCUCUUCUUAUUUAAAAUUGUUCUUUACGGUUUGGAUAAAUACAGUGUUAGCAGCUGAAGCUUUCGUGUUGCUGCAAUGACGUCCUUCCCCACGAAGGCUCCUGCUGCUGUUUACAUUCCUUAUGUCCAAACAAGCCAGACUUGCCCACACUCCAACAGAUAUCCUCUGGCUUGGCUCCUCGUGAUCCAGCUGAAGAUCACCUCCUUUCCCAGGGUUCCCUGAGUCACUGAAAGAAGCUCUUCCCUCUGUUUCCUUAUCCCUCAGGUUCCCUGUCACCUUUUCCAUGUCCUUGGUGAGGGUUUGCUGCCAGGCUGAUUUCCAGGGUAGUGCAGAGGGCAGAAAUUCAGCCAGUGCUCCUCCCAGAUGUGAGGCCCAUGCCAUGAAUUAGAUAAUGAAAUUAUUCUAUUUUCUGCUGCUAUUUUAUAUUAUUUUUCAGUGGAACAGGUUCCCUGAUCUGAUCCACAGCAUAGCCCUGCAAAAAGCUGGAAUUGAGAAGAUUGAGGAGUGAUGCAGCAUGGCAUGAGGACAAAUAAGGUGGUACUGGAUGCUGGGGUGUUUCUGAGGCCACAGGAUCAGAAACCUGUGACCUUUCUUUUGCUGGCCUGGGGUAAGCCUCAAUUUCUAGCCAAUAAUGAGCUUGUAAAUCUGUUUUAUAACAAUGUGUUUCAAGUCUCGUCUGACCUCCCUCUUCUAUGUUCUUUAAUAUCCUGUUUACAAAUUAUUUUAUCAAACACUUUAAGCAAUUUUAGAAGUACAGUCUUGCUUAAAAAAAAACCUGUCUAGGACUUCAUUACGAGCAGCUCCUAUUCACACAGCAAAGCUGGUCAGUGUGAAGAGCAGUGAGAACUACUUGAACAAGAAUGUGCACAAAGUUUAAAGGAAAAACUGCUACCUACAAAGCAUCAGCUCCAUUAUGUGUGCUUUUGUUUUGAAGUCUGAUUUUUAGAUGUGCAGCGAUUGAGCAGAGAGUCCCGAAAUGAGCUGUGGUUGUUCAUCCCAAGGCAGCUGUGGCUGAGGCUCGGUGUAUCAGCUGUGAGUGCUGGAAAAGGCUGGGUGUGUGUCACAGAGGGUGUUAAUCACGGCCUGGAAACAGGGUAGGAAAACAAUUAAAGCUCAAUGGUUACUCAGCUAAUUGCUUUGACUAAUUUUCGCGUUUACACACCCAAAGCGCCCAAACUCAACAUUUUUACUUGACAGCAGAAAUAAUUCCCCUUCCUCCGGGGGAGAUAAGUACAAGCAGUACAAGGGAAAGAAACUGCUUGCAUUAAGGACCCUGGAGAACUGGACAUCUGUGAUUAGAGGAGCUCUGGGAAAUGCACUGGUGUGGACACACAGCACCACUACCCUCCGGGAAAUAUCCUGCUGUGUGCCACAUGCUGCCAGCUCCGGAAAGAGCAGCAGCCUGUACUUUCCCUUUAACAGCCUCAGCUAAAACCAAACAAACCCAAAUCAGCUUAGCUUUGAGCUCCCCUUCAGGAGCCACCGGACUUUGCACCAAAACAAGCACACAUGCACGGCUGGCGCUGCAUCUCCUCGGGUGCUCUGGAAGUCGCGCAAUGUGUGCACAACCACUGCAUCUCCUGGGGAGCUCUGGCAGCAGUACAGCCUGUACAACCACCGCAGCUCCUGGUUAAGGUGUGCUUACACCUCUGGAGGCAAACACAAGCUGCAACUUCAGUUUUGAUUUCUGCACUUGGACUGAAUUAUUUGCAAAGCAAAGUGAUUUAGGGCAAGCUGAUAUUUUCACAGCAAUUCCUUCUUGAAAUCCGCAUAAAACACGAGUGAAGGCCCAGAAACUUCUGCAACUUACAUUAAGGCUACAACCAAAGCUAGACAAGGAUAGAUAAGCACUGAUGCUGGGAAAAUUGACCACUGCCAGCAUAAGCUGAUCGAGGCAUGCAAGGGAAUAAAUACACACUGCAGAGGUGCAUAGGAGAACACAUUAAAAAAAAAAAAAAAAAGUAGAAAUUGCUAGUAAUUGUAUUAGGAAACACAAUCUACCAAACAUUCUGUCUUGCUUCUUUUUGUGCCGUGUCAUGCUCAUGUUCAGGCUGUGCAGGGAAGGAGCAGGUUUCCUGCAGGAUGGGUAAAGGACAGUAGAGAGUGCACUGUUACAGGAAAGAAGAAUUGGGAAAUGGAAGCAGACAUCAAAGGGGGUACAGAGCUGACGUAAA